AAACGUCAAAAUAGAAAAUAUCAAAAUCAAAAUACUCAAUUUUUGUGAGGCUCAAAUUAUUAAUGGCUGAGAACGUAAAUAUUGAGAUUUCUGGUGAAAUUAAUGCUACUCCGGAAAAGAAAGGAUUACAAAAGUAUGUCAAUGAAAUGGAAUUAUUGCUGCAGCAUGUCCGCAGCGGUGCAGCUCCGGCCCUAGUGAUGGGAGUGUUGAACACGCGCCGCCCGUGGACACAAUUUGUAGCCACUGAAAACUUUAAGGCUCCAGCUUCUUUACCAAGAUUGUCCCGGAGAUUUUAUAGAAAUGUAGAACAUUUUCAAGCAAAUUAUCUUAUAGUGUUUUUGGGCUUGUUUGCUUAUUGUUUAAUCACAUCACCUUUGCUGUUAAUUGCAAUGGUAGCAAGCUUUUUUGGCUACAGGAAGCUUACAUCUGGACCUAAUACUUGGAAGAUUGGUGGUUGGGAACUGACCAAGACCCAGCAGUACGCGGUGGCGGCGGCGGGCUCGAUGGCGCUGUGCUGGCUAGCCGGCGCUGGGGCUGUCCUAUUUUGGGUCUUGGGAGCAACAGUGACAGUGGUAGCUCUCCACGCGAGUCUGUACGACGCGGAGACUCUGCCGCCGAGCGACGACCCCGAGCAGUUCCCUAUGAUAGAGCAAGUGUGACACCUGCCGCUCUACCUGCCCACGCACGUCGCGACGCACGCACAGACACACGGACCCACUCGUAUGUUUAGCUAGAUAUACUAUAUACAUUUAUACAGGGUGUCAUUAUUAAAGAAUCAAACACAAUAAUGGAAGAUACAUCACUCAUAAGAAGGCUCAGAGUCGCUCUACCUGACGACUCAUGUCGCGACACACGAACAGACACACCGUGUGUUUAGCUAGAUAUACUAAAUACAUUUAUACAGGGUGUCACUAUUAAAGAAUCAAACACAAUAAUGGAAGAUACAUCACUCAUAAGAAGGCUCAGAGUCGCUCUACCUGACGACUCAUGUCGCGACACACGAACAGACACACCGUGUGUUUAGCUAGAUAUACUAAAUACAUUUAUACAGGGUGUCACUAUUAAAGAAUCAAACACAAUAAUGGAAGAUACAUCACUCAUAAGAAGGCUCAGAGUCGCUCUACCUGACGACUCAUGUCGCGACACACGAACAGACACACCGUGUGUUUAGCUAGAUAUACUAAAUACAUUUAUACAGGGUGUCACUAUUAAAGAAUCAAACACAAUAAUGGAAGAUACAUCACUCAUAAGAAGGCUCAGAGUCGCUCUACCUGACGACUCAUGUCGCGACACACGAACAGACACACCGUGUGUUUAGCUAGAUAUACUAAAUACAUUUAUACAGGGUGUCACUAUUAAAGAAUCAAACACAAUAAUGGAAGAUACAUCACUCAUAAGAAGGCUCAGAGUCGCUCUACCUGCCGACUCAUGUCGCGACGCACGCACAGACACACGGACCCACUCGUAUGUUUAGAUAGAUAUACUAUAUACAUUUAUACAGGGUGUCACUAUUAAAGAAUCAAACACAAUAAUGGAAGAUCACUCAUAAGAAGGCUCAGAGUCACACAGCGGGCGAUGGAACAGGCUAUGUUAGGAGUUUCACUGCGUGAUCGAAUCAGAUCGAUCCGCAGACAAAUCAAAGUCACUGACAUAGCUCAGCGAGUCGCGAAGCUGAAGUGGCAAUGGGCGGGACACAUAGUUCAAAGAGCCGAUGGACGUUGGGGUCCCAAAGUGCUGGAAUGGCGACCCCGUAUAUUAUCUACAAAGUGCGAACUUACAAUAUCCACAAUAAUGCGAACUAUCGUAAACUAAAAUUCUUACUCUAUAUAUUCCACUCUAUAACACAAUCACACUAAUAUUAUAAAGGCGAAAGUUUGUGUGUGUGUAUGUUUGUUCCUCCUUUACGCUGCGGCUAUGGACGCGAUUUGUCUGAUAUUUGGAAUGGAAAUAGAUUUAAUUCUGGAUUAACACAUAGGAUACUUUUCAUCCCGGAACAACCCAUGGUUCCCGCGAUAUUUGUGAGAAACUGAAUUCCACGCGGACGAAGUCGCGGGAGUCAGCAAUAUAAGUUUUUUAAUAUAAGUACGGCCUGGGUAUAGUAUUUAUACAUUAGUGCCCGUUGCCCUGUGAUUAGUUAAAAAAUGUAGGGUAACUAAGUAUUACAUUUUCAUAUUUGAAAUAAAACUUUGUUUUUUUAUUCAAAAUUAAUUCAAUAUUAGUUUUAAAUUCUUGUGAUGUCUUCAACUUGCAUUUGUUUCAUUAAUUAUGAUACACCCUGUAUAUGUAGGUACCUAUAUAUGAUAUUUGUCUGCAUCUAUUUUUAAGGACCUGUAUACGAUCGAACUUUUCGUCAAAACAAACGUCUUUGUCAAUCAAUUUGAUCAUCUGCUGGUUUGUUUCAAACAUUACUAAAUGAAUAAGGUUUGUCAAGCAUGCUUGAUCACUAACAGGGUGUCUUGGACUGCGUCUUUUGUCAUAAGUCUGUUCUGAAGUUGCAACACGCCGAACUGAGCAUUAGGGAUGAUUUAUAUUAGACUGGGUCAUACCAUAUAUGUGGUCCGGACGGGGCAAGGAUUUGAAAUGUGACAUACAUUUUGUAUGAAACAGUUGUUUAUAUUACACAGUGCACGAUCGGACGGAGAUGAGGAUCCUGAGUUCGAUACCCAGCUGGGCCGGUCGAGGUUUUCUUAAUUCGUCCAGGUAUGGCUGGUGAAGCCAUGCCAAGCCUUUUUUUUUUCAUUUUUUUUUGUCCAAGGCGCCCUAUCGCCUAUGGUGCGGUGGUACAAUGUAGAAACAUAAAGGGGUGUGGAUUUUCAUUCUAACAAGUUAGCUGGCUUCCAUCUUAGAUUGCAUCUUCACUUACAGUCAAGAAGUCAGAGAUUGCAGUCACGGGCUAAAUUGUAAAGAAUA